CUCAGCCAGGCUCAUUUUGUGCACGCCUUUCUUUUUCUAGUGGAACUUCUCCGUUAGCCUGCCUGAAUGCCAUGCUUCACACUAACACUCGGAUAGGGGAUGGAACAUUCUUCAAAAUCCCUGGGAAGUCAGGCCUCUAUGCCCUCAAAAAAGAAGAGUCAUCAUGCCCAGUGGAUGGAACAUUGGAUCUAGUCUGUGACCCAGACCUGGAUGGCACGGAGAUGGCAGAGGCCGGUGCCAGCGGAGAAGAGAACAGCGUGUGUACGAAGCAGGUAACGGAUGAAGUAUCUUCUAGCCGAGAUUGCAGCCUUACGAACACGGCGGUGCAGAGCAAGCUGGUGUCUUCCUUUCAGCAGCACACCAAGAAGGCCCUGAAACAGGCUUUGAGGCAGCAGCAGAAGAGAAGAAAUGGAGUCUCAAUGAUGGUGAACAAGACAGUCCCUCGUGUUGUCUUGACACCAUUAAAGGUGUCUGACGAGCAGUCGGAUUCGCCUUCAGGAUCCGAGUCUAAGAAUGGGGAAGCAGACAGUUCAGAUAAAGAAAUGAAACAGGGGCAAAAAUCUCCCCCUGGAAAACAAACGAAUCAGCACUUGAAGCGCUUAAAGAAGUCCGGGUUAGGACACUUGAAAUGGACCAAAGCUGAGGACAUUGACAUAGAAACCCCUGGAUCUAUUCUCGUCAACACUAACCUGAGGGCAUUAAUAAACAAGCACACCUUUGCUUCCUUCCCUCAGCAUUUCCAGCAGUAUCUCCUGCUGCUGCUCCCAGAAGUGGACAGGCAGAUGGGAAGUGAUGGAAUUUUACGCCUCAGUACUUCAGCUCUAAAUAAUGAAUUCUUUGCAUAUGCAGCACAAGGGUGGAAACAGCGACUGGCAGAAGGAGAGUUUACCCCAGAAAUGCAAUUACGAAUAAGGCAAGAAAUUGAGAAGGAAAAGAAAACUGAACCUUGGAAAGAAAAAUUUUUUGAGAGGUUUUAUGGAGAAAGAUUGGGCAUGUCCAGAGAAGAAUCUAUGAAGCUUACUUCUGGGUCAAACCAUGAUGGAGCUGAAGGGGGUUCCUCGCAUGAGAACUCUGGCAUUCCAGGUGCUUCUGCACAGACUGUGUUAGAAGAACAGCAACCAAAAGUCAUGAAAACGUCAUCUUCCUCCGAGCCCGACUUCUGCAUGACCAUUUGUCCUAUGUUAGAGGCUCCAGUGAAGGACAUAAUGACAGAAUCAGAAACAGAAGACAUCUUUAUCCCCGAGGAGUCUGUGAUUCAGGAGGAAGUGGCAGAAGAGAUAGAGACAAGCAUCUAUGAAUGCCAGGAGGAAACUCACAAGACUAUCCCAGAGUUUUCUGAGGAGCCGGAAAGUCCAGCCACGUCUUAUGAAGAGCCCCAGAUAGCAGCCCCUGAAGAUAGCUUGGAGUCCUGUGUUGUAAUGAGUGAUAUUUUAGAAACGUUACCUCAUAUUGAAGUGAAGGCGGAUGAGAAGUUGGAAUGUCCCCAGGAAGAGAUGUCAGUUGUUAUUGACCAACUAGAAAUCUGCGACUCUCUUGUUCCUUGCACUUCACCUGUCACUCACGUCCCUGAUGGAGAACUGAAGGAACAAGAAACCCCCAUAGAGACCAACACUAUAGCCUUGAGAACAGGGCCGUCUUCUCUGGAAAGUCAGCUUCCAAAUGAGGGGAUUGCUGUAGAUAUGGAGCUACAGAGUGACCCUGAAGAACAGCUCUCAGAAAACGCUUGCGUCUCCGAGACUUCCUUCUCCUCUGAGAGCCCCGAGGAAGCAUGCGCCAGCCUUCCAUCCCCAGGCGGGGAAACACAAUCCACGUCUGAAGAGUCAUGCACCCCAGCCUCUCUGGAAACAACAUUCUGUUCUGAGGUGUCCAGCACUGAGAAUACAGAGAAGUACAACCAGAGAAACGCCACUGAUGAUAGUCUUCAUCCGUCUUUGAUGUCAGAAGUAUCUCCACUCGCCACCUCACCUGAGAUCUCAGAAGCAUCUCUGAUGUCCACCUUACCUCCUCUGACAUCAGAAGCAUCCCCAGUGUCUGAUUUACCACUGACAUCAGAAACUUCCUCAGUGUCUUCCACAAUUCUCACCUCUGAGGCGCCUUUUGUAUCCGGUUUGCCAAUUUCUGCAGAGAUGUCUCCAAUUUCUAAUUCUUCCAUGAAUGAAAGGAUGGUGCAUCAACAGAGAAAGUCACCUUCAGAGUCUGAAGAAGCUCUCUCUCCACAGAAAGAUGACCCUUCCCUUCCCACCAAGGCCCUAGGAGAGAACCUUGCCGCUCACACAAAGCCUUUGUCCAAUGUUCCAGAACCAGUCAACGUGAGUUCUUCCAUUGUGCCUGAAGCACUCCCACCUGAAGAGCUGCACAGCCAGACUCUCAGUCAGGAGCCUUGUCACCCUCACAUUGAUAUGGAGAAUCUCCACACCCCUUCCAUCCCUGAACUUCCUUCUACAGAAAUAGUGAAAGUUAAAAACCACAGUGUCCUACAAAGAACUGAGAAGAAAGGGGUGCCCUCACCAUUGGAAGCUCCUCUUUUUUCUGAGGAGACUGAGACUAAGGGAAGUGAACUUCCGCCAGCAAAACUACAAGACAAGCAGUAUCUGCCAACAGUAGAGAAGGCCCCGUUUUUAGAAGGCUCAAGAAACAAAAUACAUAAGCCGGCCAGUACACUGAGCCGACUGGAGACCUCGCAUACUUCCAAAACAUCAGAGCCCUCCAAGUCACCCGAUGGGAUAAGAAAUGAAAGUAGAGAGUCAGAGAUAUCAAAGAGGAAAACGGUGGAACAUAGCUUUGGAAUAUGUAAAGAAAAACGAGCCAGGAUAGAAGAUGACCAGUCAGCCCGGAGCCUAGCAUCCAGUAGUCCACCUGAAAAAGAGCUGCCUCCACGAGAGGAGCCCAGGGUUCCCCCUCUCAAGAUACAGCUUUCUAAAAUUGGACCACCCUUUAUCAUCAAGAGCCAGCCAGUCUCCAAAGCGGAAUCCCGAGCCUCCACUAGUGCACCGGUCACCAGUGGUAGGAACACAGGAGCCAGGACCCUCGCAGACAUCAAGGCACGUGCCCAACAAGCCCGUGCCCAGCGUGAGGCUGCUGCAGCUGCUGCAGUUGCAGCUGCAGCGAGCAUUGUCUCAGGAGCCAUGGGAAACCCAGGAGAGGGUGGAAAGACAAGAACCCUGGCCCAUAUCAAAGAGCAGACUAAAGCUAAGCUCUUUGCGAAACAUCAGGCUAGAGUCCACCUCUUCCAGGCCGUCAAGGAGACCCGCUCACCUACUGUCAAUUCCAAGGAAGAAUCUCUCAGUAUGGAAGCCUCUUCUGCCCCUGAAACAAAAAUGGAAGGCUCCACCGGUGUCAUCAUCAUCAAUCCAAACUGCAGAUCUCCUAGCAGCAAGCCCGCACACCUCCGGGAGACUACCACUGUAUUUCAGCAGCCUCUGAACCCACCUCAGAUCCCAGAAACUGCCACUGACUUCUCUGUGCAUAGUUCUGAUGACAACACACCUGUGUCCCAUUUAACUGAGAAAAUUGUCUCAUCUACCUCUUCUGAAAAUAGCAGUGUACCUAUACUUCUUAAUAAAACUCCCAUCAACCCCAUCCCUAUGUCUGUCUGCAGCACUGCUGUGCCCGGAGCAAUUAAAGAACAUUCCUUCAUGAGUCCGGUUGACAAAUCUUCUGUCCUCAUGUCUGUUGACAGUGCAAACAGUACGGUUUCUGCUUGUAAUAUAAGCAUGUUGAAAUCCAUCCAGGGAUCUGAUACUCCAUGCAUAGCCCUUGUACCAAAAUGUACCAACAGGACUCCUAUCACAGCUGCUCCAGAAGAUACUGGACAGUCUAACUCAAUGGAUGGCAAGGCCCUGCUUGUACCCAGCAGCAAGGCUGCUAACUUAGUGUCCAGUCAGUACACUUCUGUGCCAGCUCCUACCACUGGAAGUAAUUUGCCAAACCAUCUCUGCACUAGCUCUGUCUUGAUCCCCCCCGCAGGGAUUAAUAACAGAUUUGCUUCUGAGAAGAUAGCCAUGUCUGGGAGUGAAGAACAGGCCAGCGUGUCAAUGGGUGUCACCAUGAGAACAGCCCCCAGCUGUAGUGAUUCAGUGGCUGUCACCGAUCCACUGGUUUCACACCCACCCAUUGCAAUGUUUGCGGGAAAUGUGCUCCCUAUAAACUCUUACGAUACUUCUCCCAAAGUAAGUGUGGAAAGCUUGGACAAAAAUCCAGGGCCUCGAAACAGGACAGACGAUUCUGGAAAGCCUCAGCAGCCACCAGGGGGUUUUGUCCCAGCAACUGUAAACAGGUCAAUUCCCUGUAAAGUCAUUGUGGAUCACAGUGCAACGCUGACCUCCAAUUUGUCUCUCACUGUCUCCAUUGAAAGUGCAGAAGCAAGCUUGGAUCCCCAGAGUCGGUCAGUGAGGACAGAUAUAGCCAUGCAGCCUGUGGCAUGUCCUCAGGUGUCUGUCAUCAGUAGACCUGAACAGGUCUCAAAUGAAGUUGUUGACCAUAGUUCUGUUUUCAUUGCUGCCUCUACGGCUAAACAGGACUGUAAGACAUUGCAGGCCACUUGCUCCAGCCUCCGAGAGCUGCCCCUUGCUCUUCCAGAUACGCUAAAUGAAAUGGCUGCACCUAGUCUUGGCUUUGCUGAACAGGCACGGAACCCAAGUACUUUCAAGAAUGAAACGGACACAACCUGUAGCAGUCAGUAUAAUCCAGGAAACCGGAUUUGCUGGAGUGAAGACCCAGUAAGAAACACAGGACAGCCUGUGGUUAGUCAUUUGGGCUCAUGUAAACAGAGAGACCAUUCGGAACAAAGCAGUCUGAAGCCCGUCAAAACGGAGCGUGCCAAUUAUACACACGUGUCAGAUCUCCACCCACGGAGUCUCAUCACGAAUGUCAGUCUUCCCGUGAAACCUGAACCUCAUGAAGUAGACAAGAGCUUUAGGAUGGACACUGAGGAUUUCCCUGGCCUUGAGCAUCCUCCUCCAGCCACAGAGGCGACAAGCAGUGCUAGUGUCCAACAAACACAGGCUAUGAAACCUUCCACCACGAGCCCUGUAGAAGAGGCUAUGUCCUUGGCCACAGACACCCUGAAAAGACUUCCAAGUGCAGGCAGCUCAAGCUGCCGCCUGUCUUCUGUGGAAGCUAAUAACCCACUGGUGACACAGUUACUGCAGGGCAACCUGCCUCUGGAAAAGGUGUUACCGCAGCCAAGAUUGGGAGCCAAACUUGAAAUCAACAGGCUCCCUCUGCCCCUUCAAACUACCUCAGUGGGUAAGACAGGACUGGAGAGAAGCCUCGUGGAAAUGCCUUCCAGCUCUCCAAAUCCAGACGGUAAGGGCUAUUUGGCAGGGACUCUAGCACCACUCCAAAUGAGAAAGCGAGAAAACCAUCCCAAAAAGAGAGCAGCCAGGACUGUGGGUGAGCACACUCAAGUCAAAUGUGAGCCGGGGAAGGUCACGAUGGUGCCAGAUGUCAAAGCCGUACCCUGCGUCAUCAAUCCUGGCGUGAGUCAGCUAGGACACAGCCAGUCCUUUAAGCCAGAAAGACUCAGUAAACCCUCCAUGGCCAACAGGAUCAUGCCCAGCCCUGAGGUCAAACAACAAAAGCGGCUGUUGCCCGCAUGCAGCUUCCAGCCGAGCCUGUUCCACGUGAGCAAAAAUGACAGCUUCCAUGCUGACAACGGUACCUCACACAGACAGCAGUUCUACCAAAUGCCCAUGGCUGCCAGGGGACCCCUUCCCACUGCUGCUCUGUUGCAGACCUCUCCCAAGACCCCAGUGGGCUGUAGUGCGUUUGCCUUCAAUAGGCAUCUUGAACAAAAGGCCCUGGGAGAUGUCAGUCUUCCUUCAGCACCUCACCAGCUAAGACUAGCUAAUAUGUUGUCCCCCAGUAUGCCCAUAAAAGAAGGUGAUGAUGGGGGAGGCAGCACACACACAAUGCCAAGCAAAGCAGUAGUCCAUCCUCCCCUGCCACCUCCCCCACCACCUCCCCCUCCCCCACCCCCACCCUUGUCCUUGCCCCCACCACCCCCUCCUCCUCCUCCACCACCACCACCACCACCACUACCUCCACCUCUCCCAACUGUAGAUGUCCCAUCCGAUCAAAAGCAACCACCAGUUACCAUGGAAACCACUAAGCGACUUAGUUGGCCCCAGUCCACGGGCAUAUGUAGCAAUAUCAAAUCAGAACCUCUUUCUUUUGAGGAAGGUUUAAGCAGCAGCUGUGAACUGGGCAUGAAACAGGUCUCAUAUGACCAGAAUGAAGUGAAAGAGCAGCUGAAGGCAUUCGCACUAAAAAAUGCCGAGUUCUCUUCCUACUUGCUCUCUGAGCCCCAGAAGCCUUUUACCCAAUUAGCUGCUCAAAAGAUACCAGUACCCCAACCACAACCGCUCUGUGGAAGUUACCCGACCAUACACUUUGGGAGCACAAAUUUCAAAAGGGCAGCAUCUGCCAUUGAAAAGUCCAUUGGGAUGCUGGGAGGCGGUUCUAGCCCUGCCACCACCACAGGCCUGACAGGGCAGAAUACUCAGAUGCCGGUUCAGAACUUUGCAGACAACAGCAAUGCAGAUGAGUUAGAGCUGAAAUGUUCUUGCCGGCUCAAAGCCAUGAUUGUGUGCAAAGGCUGUGGGGCCUUCUGCCAUGAUGACUGCAUAGGUCCUUCCAAACUUUGUGUAGCUUGCCUGGUUGUCCGAUAA